AUUCGGUGCCGAAAUGAUCAUAUGCGCAUCCGAACUUCCCCAGCUCUCAACUAGGCUGAAGCGAUCUCAACAGGGAAAAUGGACGAACCUGACGCCGCAGUUGUCCCUGGGGACGAUGACUCUAUGUCUGACUCAGCCAUGACCGAGCCAGCUUUGGAAGCUGACACUUCAGCGAGGACCGAAGACACGUCGUUCUCCGCCGAUCUUUCGUGUGGAAUAUGCCUUGAUGUUCUACAGCGCCCAUAUACUGUUGUACCGUGCCUCCAUACGUUUGACAAGGAAUGUUUGGUAGAGUGGUGGAAAACCAAUGGAACCUGUCCUAUAUGCAAAAGGAGAGCUCAUUCUGGCAGAUUUGCAUUCCAGCUGAACGGGAUUCUGCAACGUUACAAUAAACAAAAAAAGCAUAUGGGAGUGGUUCUGGGCACGACAAUAUCCCGGCGCCUCGUGUUGCGUCGAAUACGGAUAUCAUAUAUCCCUUUGGCGGUGCACAUCGCACGAACCUGGAUGACACUGUCGAUUUCGACGAUGAAGACGUCAGCGAUGAUGAACUGGAAAACCAGUGGACUGGCGCCAUAAUCAACAAUCUUGUUCGAGCCAUAUCUCCAUUACCUGAAUUUUCGUCAGAGCCCAUUUGGCCGUGUCCAUCCUGUAUUCCCGGAAAUGAGACCGGUUUCAAUUGCCCAAUACCCAUACCCAUGCCGGAAGGUAUGGAAGGGCCCCUUCCUGGUAGGGGGUCCAGGCGCGCACGCCUAUUCUCAGAUGAUGGUCAUCCUCUAGUGGAAGGUGCGACGAAUCAUAGACAUUGCUCGACAUGUACCGCGUAUCUCCCGGUCGCACUUCCUAUCCAGUGUAAUUUCUUCAGCUUCAUUAGCCGCCGAGAUUGUUGAUUCACACUCCA